CUGCACUAUGGGACCAUCAUGGGCAGCAGAGCGUGUGUCAAAAUGGCAGCAGCUGCCUGGGCCAGUGGCUUUCUCAGUGCGGUGCUGCACACUGGGACCACAUUUGGAGUAACAUUCUGCCAUGGCAAUGCCCUGGGUCAGUUCUUCUGUGAAGUUCCUCAGAUCCUCAAGCUCUCCUGCUCAGACUCCUACCUCAGGGAACUUGGGGUGCUUGUGGUUAGUGCCUGUUUCGCGUUAGGGUGUUUCAUCUUCAUUGUGGUGUCCUAUGUGCAGAUCUUCACUGCUGUGCUGAGGAUCCCCUCUGAGCAGGGACAGCACAAAGCCCUCUCCAUGUGCCUCCCUCACCUGGCUGUGGUCUCCCUGUUUGUCAGCACUGUCAUAUUUGCCCACCUGAAGCCCCCCUCCCUCUCCUCCCCAGCUCUGGAUCUGGUGGUGGCUGUUUUGUACUCAGUGGUGCCUCCACUAGUGCCUCAUCCUGGCCCUCCUCCUCCCAUGGUGCACAAGGGUGAAGAGGCUGGCUCCAUCUUCUUGAUCACCUCCUGGAAGUGUACAGGUAUUGUAGAUGGUGAGGAGGGCAAGCAGUCAUUCAUGAUUAAAAGGAGGUAA